AUGUCUCCUGCCGCAGCCACGUUAACUAGCGACACCGGUGGACUUAAUCAUGAUUACGAGCUUGUGACACCUGUGGAGGUGGACUCCAGCGGGGCGUACCUCUCCCACGACGUGAUGGGGGCCAGCAGCAGGAGGAGGAGGUCCGUGACGUUGGACGAAGUCAGCCUGCACUACAGACUCUCCGCCUUCGGCCGGGACUUGCACCUGGACCUGAGGCCCGCCAGGGUGCUGGCAGACGGGUUCGCUGUGCAGACUCUCGGCACGGAGGGCAUCACUGUGGCCCCGCGCCAGCCUGCUCUGCACGACUGCUUUUAUCAAGGAUUUAUACGCAACCACACAGCUUCCUCGGCUGCCGUAUCUACAUGCAGCGGCCUGUCAGGUUUGAUCCGGACAUCGGACGAAGAGUUCUUUAUUACCCCUCUGCCAGAGCACCUGGCCGCGAAACAUAACUACAGUGCCCCCAGUGGACACCACCCGCACGUGCUCUUCAAGCGCUCUGCUGAGGAGCAAGUUCACAGUGGCAGGACACCCCAUGCUGCCGCAAAAUCGACCAGUCAUCGCCCACGGCACCACCACCACCACCGGCAGCACGGGAAACUUCAGAGACAACACUUCUGUGGACGGCGCAAGAAAUACGCUCCCAAGCCCCCUGCUGACAGCUGGCCCAUUGUGCUUGAUGAGUCGGAACUGCAAGGCAGAGCCAAACGAUCGCCGAUCCCCUCCAGCAAGGCGGGGGGCCUGAACGUGGAGACUCUGGUGGUGGCGGACAGGAAGAUGCUGGAGAAGCACGGGAGGGAAAACGUCACCACCUACGUCCUGACUGUCAUGAACAUGGUAUCCAGUCUUUUUAAGGACGGCACAAUUGGAACCGAUAUCAACAUUGUGGUGGUUGGCCUUCUCCUUCUCGAACAAGACCCUGUGGGACUGUCCAUCAACCACCACGCUGACCAGUCCCUUAACAGCUUCUGCCAGUGGCAGUCCGGUCUGAUGGGGAGGAAUGGGAAGCGGCAUGACCACGCCAUUCUGCUGACAGGGCUGGACAUCUGUUCCUGGAAGAACGAACCGUGCGACACCCUGGGUUUUGCCCCGAUCAGCGGAAUGUGCAAUAAAUACCGAAGCUGCACCAUAAAUGAAGACACAGGACUGGGUCUGGCCUUCACUAUAGCCCAUGAAUCAGGGCACAAUUUCGGGAUGAUUCACGACGGGGAGGGGAACCCGUGCAGGAAGGCGGAGGGGAACAUCAUGUCGCCGACGCUGGCGGGGAACAACGGGGUCUUCUCCUGGUCCGCUUGUAGCCGCCAGUACCUCAGUCGUUUCCUUGGUACAGCUCAAGCCUCUUGCCUGGUGGAUGAGCCCAGGCACAUUGGACGGUAUAAGUACCCGGACCAGCUCCCGGGCCAGCUCUAUGAUGCUGACACCCAGUGCAAGUGGCAGUUUGGCCCCAAGGCCAAGCUGUGCGAUCUGGAUGUCGUGAAGGACAUCUGCAAGUCACUGUGGUGCCACCGGACGGGGCACAGGUGCGAAACCAAGUUCAUGCCAGCCGCUGAGGGGACAAACUGCGGGCACAACAUGUGGUGCCGGAGGGGCCAGUGCGUGCGGCUCGGGGAUCACGGCCCGCGGGCGGUCCACGGGCAGUGGUCAGAGUGGUCCGCGUGGUCCGACUGCUCCCGGAGCUGUGGGGGAGGCGUGACGACCCGGGAGAGGUCGUGCAACAGGCCCAGGCCUCAGCACAACGGGAAGUUCUGCCAAGGCUCCGGUCGCCAGCACCAGCUCUGCAGCACCAAAGCGUGCCCGCCGGGCGGAGCGGACUUCCGCGCCCAGCAGUGCGCCGAGUACAACAGCAAGCCCUUCAGGGGCUGGUACUACAAGUGGAAACCCUACACCAAAGUGGAAGAUGAGGAUAUCUGCAAGCUCUACUGCAUUGCUGAGGACUUUGACUUCUUCUUCGCCAUGUCCAGCAAAGUGAAGGACGGCACGUCCUGUGCAGACCACAGAGGGGACGUGUGCGUGGACGGGAUUUGUGAGCCAGUUGGAUGUGACCAGGUGUUGGGGUCAAAGGCUACCCUGGAUGCCUGUGGUGUGUGUAGAGGAGACAACUCCACCUGCAAGUUUUUCAAGGGGCAGUACCUGCAGCAGCACCGAGCCAAUGCAUACUAUCCCGUGGUUACUGUUCCAGCCGGAGCCAGGAGCAUACAGGUGCAGAUGAUGGACGUCUCCACCAGCUACCUGGCCGUCCGAACCCCGAAGAAGAAGUACUACCUGACUGGAGACUGGACAGUGGACUGGCCUGGAAAGUUCCGCUUUGCUGGGACGGUGUUUGAAUACCGGCGCUCCUUUAACCAACCCGAGAGGCUGUACGCGCCAGGGCAGACCAACGAGACGCUGGUCUUUGAAAUCCUGCUACAGGGCAAGAACCCAGGAGUGGUGUGGGAGUACACACUGCCCAGGAGCGAGAAAAAGCACAGCUACACCUGGGGGGUGGUCCGAUCCGACUGCUCGGCCUCGUGUGCUGGCGGGCGGAUAUCGACAAAAGCUGUUUGUUUGCAAGAUCAGCGCACGCAGGUCAACUCCUCUCUCUGCAACCCUCAGACGAAGCCUGCUGUGGGGUCCCAGCUCUGCAACACACAGCCUUGUCCAGCCUACUGGAUGCCCGGGGAGUGGGGCCCUUGCAGCCACAGCUGCGGGGGCGGCCACCAGACGCGGCCCGUCCGCUGCCUCCGUAAGGUGUCCUACCAGCGGGAGGAGGCGGCAGCACCCUCGCUUUGCCCAGCCGUCGCACCGGCCCUGACCCAGCCCUGCCAAACGCAGGCCUGCCCGCCCAAGUGGAGCUACGGAGCAUGGUCACAGUGCUCUAAGACGUGCGGGCGCGGCGUGAGGAAGCGUAGCGUGUUCUGCAGGAGCGCUGACCCAGGAGCCGAGGCCGUGGUGGUGCUGGACAGCAUGUGUGAGCCCCAGCAAAAGCCCAGCGGCCAGGAGACCUGCGUGAUUCAGCGCUGCCCCAGGAAUGACCGUCUGCAGUGGGUCUCCACACCCUGGGGAGAGUGCUCCAGUUCCUGUGGGCCGGGCUUACAGAAGAGAGAGCUGCGCUGUGCUGAGAGGAGCCCUCGGGGUGAAUACACAGACUUCCCCCUGAGGAGGUGCAGGAACCUGCCCAAGCCUGCCCUGGAGCUCCAGCGGGCCUGCAGUAAGGGGAGCUGCCCUCAGCCCCGCCCCGCCCUGGGCAGGAGCGACAGCGCCGGAGUGGUGGGCUGGUACACGUCGCCGUGGCAGCAGUGCUCGGUGACCUGCGGUGGAGGGGUGCAGAUGCGUGCUGCCCAGUGUCUGAGAGCGGGACGUCCUGCGGCCGGAUGCCCGCCCCAUCAGAGACCCGUCACCUCCAGGGCCUGCAACACCCAGUUCUGCCCUGCACCCACCCCUGCUGUUAAAGAUGGUCGGCUGACCUGUGUCGACACCUUCGGCUGGUGUCAUCAGGUCCCCCUGCACGGCUUGUGCGGCCACAAGUUCUACGGGCAGCAGUGCUGCAACUCCUGUUCCUCUGGCAAGCCCUGGUAG